AUGCCCGAAACUGCCAGCGUAAGCCACGUCGAAUCAGUCACGGACACCGCCCUAGCCGAGCUCGCCGCAGCAGGCACAUCCGAGCAAGUCGAAGCGUGGCGCAUCGCAUGGCUCGGACGGCGCGGGCAGCUGACCCAGAUGCUGCGUGGUAUCCGCGACCUGGCGCCCGACGAGCGCCGCAGCGUUGGCGCAGCAGCCAAUCAGGCCAAGAAUGUCCUCGAACAGAGCCUCGCCCAGCAUCAGGACGCCAUUGCGAGCGCCACGUCCGAUGCCGAAGACCUCGCCGACGCCAUAGACGUAACCCUGCCCGGCUGGCCCGCGCCCAUCGGCGGCUUGCACCCAACCACUCAGAUGCUGCGCGAGAUAUGCGACGCCUUCGGCUCCAUGGGCUUCGAUGUCGUCGAGGGACCUGAAGUCGAGUGGGACCUCUAUAACUUCGAGAUGCUCAACAUCCCCUAA